AUGCCUCAGCCCGAGCCUUACCCGCACAUCCCCGCCGUCGCCGGGUACCUCAACGCGGAGAACAUUCGUAUGUUCAUCGGGGAUAUCGUCAUGGUCACCGUCGGCGUCGCCCAGUCCUCCCGACAGCGCGCCAGCGAUCGCAUCAUCUGCCCAAUUCCGGGCAGGUCAUGGUAUUGCGUCUGCGUCCAUCUCAUCCCGGGUACCGUCAUCCCUCCUGGCGUAAUGUACUGCCAGCUUUGGGCCACCGUCCUCUCGCCACGUGGACUGCAGCACAUCCGCAUACGCGAGCUCGAUCUCCCUUUCGAGUCCGUCUCUCUCUCCCACUUGGCUGCGGACAUCGACAGGGCCAACGACCCCGCCGUCAUGCAGCUCAUCAGCGACUUUCACCCCUCCGUCUGGCCACUCCUCGACCGCAUCCAUAACCCGCCCCGUGCAGACAUCACACCCCUCGGCCCCGUCGAUGCCUACACCCCCCGCUUCCCUCACCAAGACGCUCUCAUCCGCAGGCCCGAUCUCCCAUUCAUCUUCGAGUUCAAUCUCGUCAGCGCCCACGAGCUCGGCCCCGACCGUCUCCGUCUUCGCCAAGACGCUCUCCGUCUCACCUCCGUCGACAGCCACCUCCCGUCCUGGGAGGUCCCCGAUAGCGAGAGCGACGAGGAGUCCGUCUCCGAGAUGCUGGGACGCAGGCCAAUCGAGGAGGUCAAUGACUGA